AUGAUUGGACAGCGACCAAACUUGACCUCAACACGGCAAAAUUAUUGACAUCCCGUUCUUUGAGCAUUCCUCGUGUCGUCGUCUUCCCAAGGCCAAAAUUUUCUCGUGAAAUCAGCUCCGGCGGACCGAGAAUUUGCUGAUCAAGAAACCCAAGUAGUAUGGAUAGCAAUGGAGUGGCAAGUCCUUAUCAGAACUGCAAGAUUGUUCACUGGGUGAGGCAUGCCGAAGGAAUUCACAAUGUAGAAUCGGAGAAGAAUCAUGAUGCUUUACUUUCUUCCGUCCUUCUUGAUGCACAGCUUUCCCCUCGGGGCUGGCAGCAGGUUAAUGAUCUGCACAAGCAUGUUCGUGAUUCUGGGCUACUUAAGAGGAUUGACUUAGUAGUCACUUCACCAUUGUCAAGAACUAUGCAAACUGCGACAGGAGUUUUUGGCCAGAGCGAUGAAUCAGAGAAGCUGCCAUUUUUAGCUGUGGAACUCUGUAGAGAGCGUCUGGGAGUUCAUCCUUGCGACAAGAGAAGAAGCAUCAAAGAGUACAAGUCUAUUUUCCCUUCCACUGAUUUUUCGCAGAUCGAAAGUAAUGACGACAUUUUGUGGAAGCCCGACCACAGAGAGACCCCUGAAGAAAUUGCUGCCAGAGGAGUGAAGUUCAUGAACUGGCUGAAGGCGCGACCUGAGAAAGAGAUAGCAGUGGUAACACACAGUGUCUUCUUGCUACAUGUCCUGAACACCUUCGGAGAAGGCAACAAGUCUGAAAAAUCCAACUUCUUCAAGAAUUGCGAGCUUCGAUCAAUGACCAUAGUUGAUGGAAGCAUCUCAGGAUCAGAUUGUCCUUCCAAGCCCAACUCCGAAGAGGUACCGGAAACAAAAUUGAAGCUGAUCAGCCUCGAAAGUGCUUAAAUGGCUGUCAGCAUCCCGUUUUAGUCUAUCGGCACUCGAGGACCGUCGACUUAUUCACUGCUUUUGAACUCAGGGGCAUUUGCUUAGUUUUACUCUAAUUUUAUAUUUUAGAAAAAAAAAAUACUCUACGGGACGUGUUCGGGCUUUAUGUGCAUCAAGUUCGACCUUCAAAUUCCAAAACAAAGUUCGGGACCAAAAAAUAUUUCUCUUCAUAAUAUUGAUCGAAUUUUUCU